GCCAGGACACAGCACUGUCCUUGUGUCUCCCACAGGUGUCCCAGCAGGUCAGAGUGCCUGGGGAUGGACAGAGCUCUGGAGCCUCAGCAGAACUCCGCAGCAGGCAGCUGAGGGGAGGAAUGAUGCCCAACUCCAGCAGCAACGCGUCGGGGGGCAGCUGCAGCCUGGGCACGGCGGUCAGCACCACGGCCAUCCCCCUGCUCUACUGCCUCGUCUUCCUGGCGGGGCUCUCGCUCAACGCGCUGGCAGCCUGGCUCUUCCUGCACGUCCCCAGCACCAAGAGCUUCAUCGUCUAUCUCAAGAACAUCGCCGUGGCCGAUCUCCUCAUGAGCCUGACCUUUCCUUUCAAGAUCCUGGCAGACUCCGGGGUGGCUCCCCCCGCGCUCAGCCUGUUCGUGUGCCGGUACUCGGCCGUGGUGUUCUACAUGAACAUGUACAUCGGCAUCUCCUUCUUCGGCCUCAUUGGCUUUGACAGGUACUACAAGAUCGUGAAGCCUCUGCUCACCUCCUUUGUUCACACAGUCAGCUACAGCAAGGUGGUGUCUGUCACCAUAUGGCUGCUGCUAAUGGCUAUGUCGUUCCCAAACAUGAUUUUAACUAAUGAAAUCACUAAAGACAGUUACUCCACAAAAUGUAUAGGUCUUAAAAGCGAGCUGGGCAGACAGUGGCACAAAGCAACUACCUAUGUCUGCACAGGGAUUUUCUGGAUUGUUUUUUUUCUGCUGAUCGUGUUUUACACUUCUAUAUCCAAAAAAAUAUACAGCUCUUACAAAAAAUUCCGGAGGAGCUCAGACUCGGCCAAGAGGAAAAGCAGCCGGAACAUAUUCACCAUCAUGUUUGUGUUUGUCGUUUGCUUCGUGCCCUACCACCUCUGCAGGACCCCCUACACCCUGAGCCAGACCAGCUCCCACUUCACCUGCCAGUCCCAAAAGUCCCUGUUCUACGCCAAGGAGUUCACUCUGCUGCUGUCUGCUGCAAAUGUCUGCCUCGACCCUGUCAUUUAUUUUUUCCUCUGCCUCCCCUUCAGAGAAAAGCUGUAUCAAAAACUGCAUCUCAAGCCAAAAGCUUCAAGUCAGGUUGAAAUUUCUAAAUGCAGAAGAUCAAAUACGCUUCGGGAAAGUAUAAACAUAGUGUAGGUUUGUGUCUGUACAGAAAUGUACAUUUCAGGAAGUUAUUGAUGAGCAAAUGUCCCAGAGAAACAGAGCACACAGCAUUCAGCAGCAGCCAGGAGAGGGGCUCAGCAUGGCACCAGGUGCUGCUGCUCUGGCUAAAGCCAGCACUGCCUAUCCCAAUAAAUUCACUGUUCUGGGUCAGCUGUGCCCUGGCUGUGACACCUCCCUGGAUCUCAGAGCAGAUCCCAAUAAAUUCACUGUGCUGGUU